AAAUGUCCCCAUAUAACACAUCAAACAGCAGCCUCGGAUUCAUACUCAGCGGAAUUCCCGGACUAGAAGAAUACCACUUCUGGAUUGGUUUACCCUUGAUAUCAAUGUACAUUGUGGCUAUACUGGGGAACGGAACCCUACUGUACAUCAUCAGAACUGAGCAGGAACUGCAUGAGCCUAUGUACAUAUUCCUCUUCAUGCUGUCGUUCGUUGACAUGCUCUUAGCCACCACCACCAUGCCACGAAUGCUGGCAAUCUUUUGGUCUAACUCAAUAGAGAUUGGUUUCAAUAACUGUCUAGUCCAAAUGUUCUUUAUUCAUUUCCUGUCUGCCUUGGAGUCUGGAAUUUUGGUGGCCAUGGCUAUAGAUCGUUAUGUAGCUAUCCGCCAUCCUCUUAGAUAUACCUCUAUAUUAACAACUCAGACAAUAAUAAAGAUCUGCCUGGUCAUUGCAGUCAGAGGUACUGCUGUCAUGGUUCCCAUCCCUUUACUGAUCAAGAGGCUUACGUUCUGUAAAAACAAUCUCCUGACACAUUCAUACUGUCUGCACCAAGAAGCCAUGAAGCUGGCAUGUGGGGAUUUUAAAGUUAAUAUUGUGUACGGCCUUUUUGUCAUUCUCUCUGUCAUGGGGGUUGAUUCACUGUUCAUUUCCUUGUCGUACCUUUUAAUUCUGAAGACUGUAGUUGGUCUGGUGGAAGAGGCCAGUCUUAAGGCAAUAAGCACUUGUGCCGCUCACAUUUGUGCUGUCUUGGUGUAUUAUAUGCCUCUUAUAGGACUAUCUGUGGUGCAUAGAUUUAAUGCCAGUUCUAUACCAAACCUACAUAUAUUGCUGGCUAAUAUUUACCUCUUGGUACCACCUGUACUAAAUCCCAUUGUUUAUGGUAUUAAGACACAACAAAUUCGAAGACGUUUAAGUAAAAUAUUCAGAGGAAAAGAAAAAUGGAAACUUACUUCCAGUAAGUUAUAGGAAAAUGAUAAUCUGCUUAUUUGCAGCUUAUUGCCUGAGCAUAAAUCACCUAGCUACCUUGUUUUAUUAUAUGGAAAUGUAUUUUACAAGUAACAUCAUGUACAUAGUUCCAAUAGUGAAAUAAGAGAUUAAAACUAUUUAGAAUGUGCCCUGCAAUGAUUCUUUCAAUGUAAGCUAUAGGUGAGA